GUGGGCGCCGCGCAUGGCACUGUGGCCUCCGCCAUCCCGCGAUAUGCACAACUACGUGGUUACUUCCAUCAAAACUCAAUUUGCACCGUGUCCCACAUCCGCACGACUACUUACCAUGUAGAAACUAUUCGGAACUCUCCAUGUAUAAUUAAGGAACAUUAUAAAAGUGAUAAUUAUGACAAGCAAUAUUUUAUUUAAAUAUAAUGGGUUCGAGAGAGCGCUCGCUUAGAUCGUCGGUGAUAGCAAGCAUAUCUGAGAGAUGGACAUCCAGAAGCAGCAACUAUGCCCAAGGCUGGUGGAUUAUCUGACCAUCGUCGGCGCCAAGCCUUACACGUCUGGAAAGGGACUUGCACCUGUUCAGGCCCCUGAACUCCUGCGCCGCUACCCGCUGACCAACCAUGAUGACUUUCCGUUGCCGCUGGACAUGGUUUACUUCUGUCAGCCGGAGGGCUGUGUGUCCGUGGGCCCGCGCCGGGCCCCCGGACACCCCGCCUCCAGGGACUGCUCAUCCUUCGUCUUCACACUCACUGACAAGGAUUCCGGUAAGACUCGUUACGGCAUCUGCGUGAACUUCUACCGCGGUGUGGAGCGGGCUCCGGCGGCGGGCGGUCGCGAGCGCGUGCUGCGACGCGAGUCGUGGCGCAAGUCCAUGGAGAAGAGCUCCGACUCCGCCUUCUCCAGUGACUAUAGGAGCAGCAACGUGGCGCCGAGCGACUCGGAGCGCGACUGCAGCGCGACGCUGGCGCCGCGCGUCGCGGCCGCAGACUCCGAGAGCGGCGGCUCGCACUCGCCCAGCCCGCGCGCUGCCAGGAAGCGACAGCGAAUACGGAACCACUCCCUAACAUCGUUGUGCCUCCUGUCCCAUCACCCAUUCUUCUCCACAUUCCGAGAGUGCCUAUUUAUCCUAAAGAAGUUAAUAGAUGCGUGCAACGAGUCUUCCAGUCCACGGCGUGUUGGGGCGUCCAGACAAAUAUUUAGGGAUACAGUAUGGUCGGUAUUGACCGGACAGGCGUAUGACAACACACCUACAAUAGUUCUCCACGACGUGAAAGAGAUAGAAACCUGGAUCCUGCGGCUUUUAUCUGCGCCAGUACCGGUGCCAGGCAAGACAAGGAUAGAACUAGAAGUGCUAUCGCCAACUGCGCACGCGCCGCUUUUGUUCGCGCUGCCCGAUCAUACGCGAUUUGCGCUAGUUGAUUUCCCUCUACAUUUGCCUUUGGAACUUUUGGGCGUGGACACGUGCUUGAAAGUGCUAACUCUGAUCCUGCUGGAAAACAAAGUGGUCGUCCAAUCCAGAGACUACAACGCAUUGUCUAUGUCUGUCAUGGCGCUGGUCGCCAUGUUGUAUCCCUUGGAGUACAUGUUCCCGGCGAUCCCACUGCUGCCAUGUUGUAUGAGCUGCGCCGAACAGCUGUUACUGGCACCCACACCCUUCCUCAUUGGAAUACCAGCAACGUUCCUAACCUAUAAGAAGAAUUUUAGAUUACCUGAUGACAUAUGGCUUGUGGAUUUGGAUGCAACGAAACUUAUUUCUCCAACUGGAAGCGAUCAAGACCUGCCACCGUUGCCCGAACCAGAAGGUUCAGUGCUUAAAAACCACCUGAAACAGGCCAUGCAUCUCAUGGGAUACGCCGGAGCUGGUGCUCUGAACAGUUUGACGAACACGACCGCGGAGCAAGCCUCUGCGCUUCUGAUGCCGUCCAGAAGAGAUAGCGUUGGAGGUGCAACGUUGAAGGUGCAGCCCGCGUCGCUCCGGCCAACGGCGUCGGGCGCGCAGUCGGCGCCGCACAGCAGCCCCGAGAGCCGCCGCGUGUCGCUGAGCGCCAGCGCCGGCCACACGCCGCAGCGGCUGUCGCUGGCCUCGCCGCAAGCGCAGCCCUUCAACGCGCUCAUAUAUGGCAACGAUGUCGACUCUGUCGACGUCGCAACGAGGGUCGCCAUGGUGCGCUUCUUCAACUCUCAAAACAUCUUAGCCAACUUUAUGGAGCACACGCGGACUCUGCGACUGUACCCGAGACCGGUCGUGGCGUUCCAAAUCAACAGUUUUCUGCGUUCGCGUCCUAGAACCACGUCCUUCCUUAAUAAGUUCGCGAGAACUCAGGCUGUAGAGUUCUUAGCGGAAUGGUCGCUGACGCCCUGCAACGUGGCGUUCCUCAGGGUACAAACUGGGGUGUUUGACCCUCGGCAAAUUGGGGACAAACCGAAAUGGUUCGCCGACUCCUUGCAGCCCAUCCGCUUCCCCGUGUGGGACGACGGCAGCUCACUCAACGGCGCGCUGAGACAACUACAGAGGCAGGAGAACCAACCUACCGAUGAGAGCGGGUCAGACUCCGAAGGGGCAGAGAGCACAAGCUCGUCGUACUCAUCCCUCAGUGACUUUGUAUCCGAAAUGGUUUCGUCCGAUUUAUCACCCGGUGGCAACCCACAUCAGCAACACGUGAUUGGUGAAACGUACAGCGCAGUGGUGCAGGUUCCGAUGACUUUGUCUUCUUCUUUGGAUCCAAAAACGGUGUAUUCGCCGCCGUCGUCCCUCAUGUUCGGAGGGUCGGAGGGUCCGGCGCGGCGGUCGCCCUCCCCCUCCCCGACGCCCUCCGCGUCCAGCUCCGACCGCAGCGAGCUGUCGGACGACGAGCCGCCAGCCUUGGCUCGUCCGCACGACCGUGCGCCCCCCGUCAAGAAAAGCGACACGGACAGCGGGAGUUUCGGGCGCGAGUCUGACUCAAACUCGACGACGACGCCGAAAACGAUCGUCAGCCGCAAGCAGCAGGACAGCAGCACCAGUGACUCCGAGCGGGCCCUCACGCCCUCGCACCGGACCACGCACGCCAAGAGCACAAGCAGCGGCGUGUCCCGGCAAGCGUCGCAGACGUCGCUGCUGGAGCAGUUCGCGGCGCAGGCCAAGGAGCUCGUGCGGGAGACCACGCGCCAGAGUAGCCAGGAGGGCUUGCUGGCUCACAUGGACAAGAAAGGAAAAGUGACUGAUGGCGAAGAGAAGAAAAUGUUUGCUCCUUUCGGUCAGUUAACGCUGCAUGCCAAAAAAGCGGCAGAAGAAGCAUCUAAAAGUAUGCAAGAGGCAUCGAAAUCAGCGUUAGAAGCUAGCAAAACAGCGACCGCAGUCAGUAAGAACACCUUUGAAGACCUCACCUACGUCAGCAAGUCUACCUUCGGAGAUCUCACUAAAAGCGCUAAAGAAGUUGCUGCGAAAAAAGGACUUCUAAUCAAGGGUGACAGUCAAGACUCGACGGGUAGCGGCAAUCGACGCGACUCGACGGCACUCCAAACUACUAAUCUACUUGCGACCACGCACCGGGAUUUCUUCUCCAACAUUAGUUCCGAUCUGAAUGGGCUCGCAGCCUCCACUUCUAGCAUGUUCAGUGACUUUUUCGGUUCUAAGGGCAAGCAGACGAAGCCCUCGGAGUCUGUGUCCGGGUCGUCGGCGACGUUUGGUCCGUUCUCGCAGGGCGCGCGCGGGCUGGUGCAGCGCUCGCCGCUCAUCCGCCACGCGCCGCCCGCCGCCCCGCCCGAGCCGCCGCACGCCAGGCCCUCCGCCAACUCCGAGAACCAGGCCUUCCUCAACGAUCUGGUACAGCAUGUCCUGGAGGGCGAAGGCGUAGGUUGGCUGAAGCUGAACCGGUUGAAGAAGCUGAUGGAGGACGAGUCCUACCGCAACAUGGUGCUCAGUAAACUCAACAGGAACUUCAACCGCAAGUCCACGCCCAACGACAAAGUUGAUGACGUGUUCGUAAGCAAGCCGAUAUGGAAGGGCAUGUUGAAGGUGCUUCAGGCCGUAGUGCACGGGCUGGAGCACACGUAUUCCAACUUCGGCCUGGGCGGCAUGGCGUCGGUGUUCCAGCUGGCGGAGAUGGCGCACACGCACUACUGGAGCAAGGAGCUGGCGGCGCUCGAGCCCUGCGUGCUGCCGGGCUCCGCACUCGCAGACUAUAGGCACAAUUUAGACACGCCUUCGUCUACGUCGUCAUCGAGGAAGAGCUCGCAAGCGGAUGUUCCGAUAGUCAACUAUCCCGAUAUGGACUCCGCCGACGUUCAAAGCACUGCAGAAAUGUUUAAAGACAUGCUCAACCAGAAGAGGAACCUUCUCUUCAGUAAACUGACUUCAUUCGACUCGGACGCGGCGCCGUCGUCCGACUGUUCGGCCGACGAGAGCGGCUCGAUCACCACCAACCGAGCCAAUCUCCUUGACCACCGCGCCUCCUUUAAGUCCAACCUCUCUGACACUGACGUCAUGUUCCUCAAUGUGGGUCGCGCCGGCGGGGCGGGGAAGCCGCGCGCGGCGAGCGUGUUCUCUUCAAAGUCCUCUCUCAGCGGGUAUCGGCCGCCGGUCGGCGUGCCUGUCACUUCGCCGCUCACUUCGCCUGAUACCGCCAGGACUUAUCUUUAUCAGGGACUUAUUGGUAAAGAAAGGUCAAACCUUUGGGACCAAAUGCAAUUUUGGGAGGACGCUUUCCUCGACGCCGUGAGUCAAGAGCGGGAUAUGAUAGGCAUGGACCAGGGAGCGAACGAGAUGAUGGAGAGGUACAAGUGUCUCAGUGAGACGGAGAGAAAACGCCUCGAACAUGAAGAGGACAGACUGCUGUCCACCGCUCUAUACAACUUGACUGCGGCGAUGGUUCUGUUCGGAGUUGAAGCGGAUAUCACACGGAACAAAGUGCGGAGGUUGCUCGCUAAGAGUCACAUCGGGCUUGUGUACAGUCAGGAAGUCAAUCACCUACUUGAUGUCGUCCAUACUUUGCAUGGAAACGACAUCGAGCUAAAGCCGCUGGGGUCCCGCUUGCUGCGGCGCGCGACGUUCACCGUGCACGAGGCUGACGCGGCCGGAGAACUGCGCUUCAUGGAGGUUCGCGACGACGGCCUCAUACUACGCUCCACGCAAGGUACAAUUGUGGAACGAUGGUGGUACGAGCGCCUCGUCAACAUGACUUACAGUCCGAAAAUACGAGUUUUGUGUCUUUGGAGGAAAAAUGGUGGCCAGACGCAGUUACAUAAAUAUUAUACUAAAAAGUGUAAAGCCCUGUACUACUGCAUUAAGGAGGCGAUGGAGAAGAGUGGGCGACGGCAGGACGCGGCCGAGCUGGGGGGGGAGUUCCCGGUGCAAGACUGCGCCUCGGGGGAGGGCGGCCUCAUACAGGUGUGCAUGGAAGGCGUCGGUCUUCUGUUCCACCACAGCAAGGAUUUCGAGUUCUUUGUGCGGCUCGAUCAUAUUCGAAAAUGCUUCACACAGAACAGCGGUAUCUUCGUUUUAGAAGAAUUUAAUCCAAAAACCAGACAAAUAAUUCAAAGGAAGUACAAAUCUAUAAUGGCGGAUCAGAUAUGCUAUGCAGUGUUGUGCGUGUUUUCCUACUUCGCGGCGGGACAGGAGCAGAAGAAGGCGAUUCUGGAGCAGGCGGCGCGCGUGCCUCCCUCCCCACAGUGCCCCGCGCCGCCCCCCACGCCCGCGCUCCCCCAUACGGCUACGUCUCGCUUCGACCCCACGCUUGCGCCUCCCGACACUUCUCGAAGACUUUCAGACAGCGAUGCCGAGCCUAAACCCAAGACUAGCCCAUUGGCAGAGCGACGUUCGCCAGUGAGCCGUGCGGGGGAGGCGCGAGCCAGCUUCGCAGGGGGCGAGAACGCUACUUUGGGGGAUGGUCAGAGAAGAAUUCUCGUUGACAGCCACAGUAGGAGUGCGCCGGAAAGCAACAGAAACGUGACGGAUAGUCGCAGAACUGUGAAGGAUCAAAGUAGAACCGUGGUAGAAAGCGUGGCUGACCGGCAAAGACGGGUGGCCGACGGCGCCCCCCUCGAACGACACGGUAGUUUGUCCGCUAAGCCUGACGACGUUGGCGCACCGCAGCAGCCGGCGGGCCUGUCGCGUUCGGGCAGCGCGCCCCCGCGGCGCCCCCCGCCCCCGUCGCCCGCGCGCGCGCCCCCGCUGUCGCGUGCGCAGUCGCAGGCCGCGCCGCCGCGCCCCGCUGACCCGCCCUGCAUCCCGCCGCGUACGAGCGGCGGGCGGGGCCCGGGACCGCCGCCCGCGCUGCCGCCGCGCCAGAUGUCCGCCGCCGCCGACCUCGCCACCGCGAACAGAACAAAUGCAGCGACGGCAGUGAGUGCUGCGAGCGCGCGGCGUGUGAGCGGCGCUGGGCUGGCGGCGGGUGGGGUAGCGGCGGUCGGGGGAGGGGUGGGGGCGCCCUUCGCCUCCACCAACCCGUUCACCUCCCCACGACACGCGGAGUUCGUCAUACCACAGAGGAACAACUCGCGACGGUCGUCUACCACGGACCGAAACUGAAUUCUGUUUUGUUAAUGACCGACCACUGACAUAAACAAUUAUAUUUAGAAUCUGAUAAUGAAACGAUUUCACUAAAAAUAUCUACAAUAUCAAAGUAAACUAUAUUUGGUGGUUUGUUUAUGUCUUUGAUCGUCGCUAAAAACAGAAAGAAAUCUAGAUAUCGCUUUAGUCCCUGUAUUUUGUACUCCUUAUAGGAAAUUGUGAUAAAAUUAUUUUUAUGGCCGAAGUUAGAAACCAAAUAAAUUAAUAAAGUUAAAUGGCCCGCGCUGUACCUGCACCCUUAGGUUUGUUAGUGUUGGCGGAACAAACAACACAGAAUACCUACUUACGACAAUCGUUUAAACCAAUUUGUAUAGAUGUUUUUAUUCUGUGAUCGUAAUUGUAGCUGCCUAUCCUGCUGUAAGUAUUAAAUUACCCUUUCACUGAUUAAAUGUAUCAAAAAAUGUUUAUAUCUUAUAUAAAUAAAAAUAUCAUGGGUUUAUCAAAUUCAUGUAUAGACAUAUUUUUUAUUUUGUAUACAGGCUAUUUGCUAAAUAAUAUCAAAUAAGUCUGUCGAUCUAAAUAUCGAUGCUAUUAUAAUUUAAACUUGUUUCAAUGAAGAUUCAAUACAGAAACUACUUAACCUACGUAACAUAACUACCUAACAUACGAACUUAUUUAUCGAAUUGCCAUUGGAAUAGAUAUGUUCUUCACAAUAGUAUAUUUCUUGAUUUUUCAUAACAGAAAAAAAAAAUUAAAGAUAGUACACUAUUUCUAAAUAAUAAAAUUUGCUCUCUAUAUUUAUAUAUAAAAUCUUUAUGAAUUGUAUGUAUCCAUAACACGUUCAAAGUAAUAUUUUUACGCCUUUGUGGUCACGACGAAUAUAUUGUUUAAUAACUUUUUGCUUUAUAAUUCAAUUAUUUAUAGUUCCCUGCAAUUGUGAUACCUAUAGAAGCAAAUAAUGUAUAAUAAUUAUAUACCUAUACAAAUUUGCGAUUUGAUGUUAUAGAUUAUUCAUAAAUGGUAUAAUUUCACAAUAAAUACUACUACUUUACUGUCUCUUAAAACGGCUAGAAGCUACAAACGCGUUCAAAUUUCGUUCAAUAAAGUGUCAGGGUGUAAUGAAUAGUUCUAAAGAGUUAUUUUAUGGCAACAAUAAAAAAUAUAAUCAUAGUUACA